GAGAAGGAGAUUUAAAAAAAAAAAAAAAAAAACAGAAAUUCCAACCAUCUCCCCUCGAGCAGAGAGCGUGAGAGAUGGGAGCCGAGGAGGAUCGAACCCUCAUCUUCACGUACGGCACCCUCAAGCGGGGCUUCUCCAACCACGGGCUCAUCCAAGAAGCGAUCCGUACGGGUGACGCCGUAUUCAUCGGCGUAUACCACACCGUAGAUAAAUACCCCCUCGUCUGCGGGCCCUACAACGUCCCUUUCCUCCUCAACCUCCCCGGAUCUGGAGACCGUAUACGGGGCGAGCUCUACGCCGUAUCCGCCUACGGCCUCGCCCGUAUGGAUGAGCUGGAGGGAAUCAGCACAGGCCAUUACGAGAGGCUGCCGAUUGUUGUGGGGGCGCCCGAGGACGAAGGGCGUAAGCAGGAUACGGUGCGCGUGGAGGCGUAUUACGCACACCGGAGCUACGCGGAGGAGCUUUGGAAGAGGAGCGGGGAGAAGGGCAUUUGCGCGUAUACGGAGAACGAGGCCCGAGGAUACGUGCGAAGGAAGGAUCGGCCUCAGGAAAUUACGUUCCUCGAACAGAUUCGGAUGUUUGUCGCCUCUUCUCCUGAUAUCACCACCCCAUCUUGAUUGAAUUUCAUGUAUUUGUUAGAAGAAACAAUUCUCUUUUCUUGGCGA